AUGUACGACUACAAUGAAACUCUUGGACAGCAGUUCUUCAAGAGUCCAUCCAGUGUCCGCUUUUCUAUUCUGGGUUCUGAUAAUGAAGAAAACAACAACAUAAAGGAGAGCUUUCUGUGGCUGGAGAGAAGGGUGGACAGGAGACAGAGGGUGGACAGGAGACAGAGGGUGGACAGGAGACAGAGGGUGGACAGGAGACAGAGGGUGGACAGGAGACAGAGGGUGGACAGGAGACAGAGGGGUGGACAGGAGACAGAGGGUGGACAGGAGACAGAGGGUGGACAGGAGACAGAGGGUGGACAGGAGACAGAGGGUGGACAGGAGACAGAGGGUGGACAGGAGACAGAGGGGUGGACAGGAGACAGAGGGUGGACAGGAGACAGAGGGUGGACAGGAGACAGAGGGUGGACAGGAGACAGAGGGUGGACAGGAGACAGAGGGGAAGACAGGAGACAGAGGGUGGACAGGAGACAGAGGGUGGACAGGAGACAGAGGGGUGGACAGGAGACAGAGGGUGGACAGGAGACAGAGGGUGGACAGGAGACAGAGGGUGGACAGGAGACAGAGGGUGGACAGGAGACAGAGGGGUGGACAGGAGACAGAGGGUGGACAGGAGACAGAGGGUGGACAGGAGACAGAGGGUGGACAGGAGACAGAGGGGUAGACAGGAGACAGAGGGUGGACAGGAGACAGAGGGUGGACAGGAGACAGAGGGGAAGACAGGAGACAGAGGGUGGACAGGAGACAGAGGGUGGACAGGAGACAGAGGGUGGACAGGAGACAGAGGGGAAGACAGGAGACAGAGGGGUGGACAGGAGACAGAGGGGAAGACAGGAGACAGAGGGGAAGACAGGAGACAGAGGGGAAGACAGGAGACAGAGGGGAUGGAAACUCUGUGUUGGUUCUGUUGGUCCCUGCAUCAGACCUCCCCAGAAGAUUGACUGGCUGUUCUUCACGUGUAGCACGUUCAUGUUAAGUCUCCUCUCUGUCCCUGUGUGUUGA